UAAAUUUGCAGUUAUGUCCUUGGGUGAACCUUUCAUGCAUGUGUACAAAAGUCAUUGUUUUCACACGUGUAUGUCUUCUUUCUUUUCUUUCAAGGUCUUGCUCUUGCAAACUUCUAUCCAUCAAAAAUUGAAAAUUUCUACUUGUAGUUGCUCUUCUGCUUGCACUGAAAGCAAGAGACAAAAAGGAUCCAACAUUCUGUGUUGUUGAAUUAGUUCUAUGUUCAUGGGUUGCUGCUUUAGUGCAAAGGUCAAAGCUGAGAGUCCUACACAUAAUGGUAUGAAUUCAAAGGUUGGUAGGAAAGAAGAGGAUGUUUCAAGUGGUUUAAGUAGCAAGCUGUCCUCUUCAUCUAUGCUUCUAACUUCUAGGAGUGAGGGUGAGAUAUUGCAAUCCAACAGUUUGAAGUGUUUCACUUUCAAUGAGGUAAGAACUGCUACAAGGAACUUUCGUCCGGAUAGUGUCGUCGGUGAAGGUGGAUUUGGUUCUGUAUUUAAGGGAUGGAUCGAUGAGCGCACACUAGCCCCUACUAAACCAGGUACAGGUUUUGUCAUUGCUGUUAAGAGGCUUAAUCAAGAAAGCAAUCAGGGACAUAGUGAAUGGUUGACAGAAAUCAAUUACCUAGGACAGCUGCAUCAUCCUAAUCUUGUGAAACUGAUUGGUUUUUGCUUAGAGGAUGACUACCGGAUUUUGGUAUACGAAUUUUUGCCCAAGGGAAGUUUGGAUAAUCAUUUGUUUAGAAAAUACUUUCAGCCACUCUCUUGGAAAAUCCGUAUGAAGAUAGCUCUUGAUGCUGCUAAGGGUCUUGCGUUUCUUCACAGUGAUGAAGUCGAAGUGAUAUAUCGAGACUUCAAAACUUCUAAUAUUUUGAUUGAUAAUAACUAUAAUGCAAAACUCUCUGAUUUCGGGUUGGCAAAAGAUGGACCAGAAGGUGGUAAAAGCCAUGUCUCUACAAGGAUAAUGGGCACCCCAGGCUAUGCAGCUCCUGAGUAUCUAGCCACAGGUCACCUAACCAAAAAGAGUGAUGUAUACAGCUUCGGUGUUGUUCUCUUGGAAAUUAUGUCAGGCAAACGCGCAUUGGAUAAAAAUAGGCCGUCCGGGGAGCAUAUGUUAGUUGAAUGGGCCAAGCCAUUGCUCGUCAGCAGGCGCAAGAUCUCUCAAGUCAUGGAUGCUCGUAUAGAAGGUCAAUACUCAUCGCAUGAAGCAAUGAAAGUAGCACACAUUGCAAUUCAAUGUCUGUCGGUAGAACAAAAAUAUAGACCAAACAUAGAUGUAGUGGUGAGAUCGUUGGAACAACUUCAGGAAUCCAAUAGCACUGUCGGUGGAGUUGGAAGCUCUCAGUCUCAACAUCAAACAACCAUCAAAAUAAAUGGUCAUAGCUCAAGUAGCAGUGGUUUAGAACAAAAUGGAAAAAGCGUUGAUGAAUCUUUAAGUGGAGAAGGUACUUCUAAUACGAGUUCAUCUGCUUCUCCUCUUUAUAUCUAGAAGAGAAUUUUUUUGAACAUAUUACACAUACCUAUUACCUAAGACAUUAUACAUUAUUUUAAAGAGUAUAAUAUAUAGAGAGAGAGGGUGCUUCUACACUCAAGAUCUUAAAUAAAAUGCCUAGUUGUUGACUUGCUGUACAUAUUUUCAUGCCUUUGUUGACUUGUUGUACUCAUCACAGUCUAAAUGUUAUCCUUUAUAAUGGAAUGAGUAGUUAAUGAGUUUUGGUUAAAGACAAA